UUUGGAGAGAAGCCGAUCACAUGGGGCCAGUAUCUAAGCGAUAGAGGUGAAGCAGAGAACUUCGAACUGUGGCAGAAACAGUUUACGGGGGAAACGGGACGAGGAAGGCGGAGUGGGAGCACAAAAAAAAACAAAAAACAAAGAGCACACACACACACACACUCACUCACUCACUCACGCGCACACCUAAGGGAAAGCACAUGGUGUGAACAUGCCCACGAACUUCACCGUCGUCCCGGUGGAGGAUGGCAGGAAGGCGAGUCCGGACUAUGAGCAGGACACCCUGAGGGAAGAGGACGAGGAAGAGCUGGACCUCUCCCCCAGCCGUCUCUCAGGAGAUGGCAACCCAAAGGAAAAUAGUCCGUUCAUCAACAGCACAUACAGUGACAAGGGAAGCCUGUACGAUGGGAAGAACAUGGCUCUCUUUGAGGAAGAGAUGGAGAGUAACCCCAUGGUCUCCUCACUGCUCAACAAACUGGCCAAUUACACCAACCUCACCCAGGGUGUCAUCGAGCACGAGGAGGCCGAGAACGAAGAGGGCGCCAAGAAGAAAGCCGUCAAGAGUCCUCAGAUGGGCACCUUCAUCGGGGUGUACCUGCCCUGCAUGCAGAACAUUCUGGGCGUUAUCCUCUUCCUGCGUCUCCCCUGGAUCGUUGGCACCGCUGGCAUCCUGGAGUCCUUCGCCAUCGUCUUCAUGUGCUGUGCCUGUACUAUGCUGACAGCAAUAUCAAUGAGCGCCAUCGCUACAAAUGGCGUAGUACCAGCCGGUGGGUCCUACUACAUGAUCUCCCGGUCCCUCGGGCCAGAGUUCGGUGGGGCGGUGGGCCUCUGCUUCUACCUCGGAACCACUUUUGCCGGAUCCAUGUACAUCCUUGGCACCAUUGAAAUCUUACUGACGUACAUCAUCCCGAACGGCGCCAUCUUUACAACGGACAAGAAGGAGGAGGAGGCGGAGGUCCUGCUGAACAACAUGCGGGUGUACGGCACCUGCUGCCUGGCCCUCAUGGCCCUGGUCGUCUUCGUGGGGGUCAAGUACGUCAACAAGCUGGCGCUGGUCUUCCUGUCCUGCGUGGUGCUCUCCAUCCUGGCCAUCUACGCCGGCGUCAUCAAAACCAUCAUCGAGCCACCCAACUUCCCGAUAUGCCUGCUGGGAAACCGCUCCCUGCAGAACCACGACUUUGACAAAUGCCAGAAGACGGAGGUGAUUGGGAACGUGACGGUCGCCACCAAACUGUGGACGCUCUUCUGCGACGGGACACUUCUCAAUGCUUCCUGCAACGAGUACUUCCAAAAGAAUAAUGUGACAGAAAUCGAGGGCAUUCCUGGCCUGUUGAGCGGAGUCAUCUCAGACAACCUAUGGGCUAACUAUGGCCCCAGCGGCAUGCUGGUGGAGGGGAAAAGACAGCCCUCCGUCCCGGCUAAGGACAUGUCCCGGGACAUCUACCUGCCCUACGUCUUCAACGACAUCGCAACCUUCUUCACCCUGCUGGUGGGAAUCUACUUCCCCUCGGUGACAGGAAUCAUGGCUGGGUCCAACAGGUCUGGAGACCUAAAAGAUGCCCAGCGGUCCAUUCCAACGGGAACCAUCCUUGCCAUAGCAACCACAUCCUUCAUCUACAUUUCCUGUGUGGUGCUGUUUGGUGCCUGUAUUGAAGGUGUGGUUUUGAGAGAUAAGUUUGGAGACUCAGUCAAAAGGAACCUGGUGAUCGGCACGCUGGCCUGGCCCUCCCCCUGGGUCAUCGUCAUCGGCUCCUUCUUCUCCUGCUGCGGGGCGGGGCUGCAGAGCCUCACCGGCGCCCCCCGGCUGCUGCAGGCCAUCGCGCGCGAUGGCAUCGUGCCCUUCCUGCAGGUGUUCGGUCACGGCAAAGCCAACGGCGAGCCCACCUGGGCCCUCCUGCUGACGGCCGGAAUCUGUGAGAUCGGCAUACUCAUCGCCUCCCUGGACGCUGUGGCCCCCAUUCUCUCAAUGUUCUUCUUGAUGUGUUACCUGUUUGUAAACUUGGCCUGUGCAGUUCAGACUCUUCUCCGCACCCCCAACUGGAGACCACGCUUCAAAUUCUACCACUGGACUCUGUCCUUCCUGGGCAUGAGUCUGUGUCUCUCCCUCAUGUUCAUCUCCUCCUGGUACUACGCCUUGGUCGCCAUGAUGAUCGCUGGAUGCAUCUACAAGUACAUUGAAUACAGAGGAGCAGAGAAAGAGUGGGGCGAUGGGAUCCGUGGCCUGUCCCUGAACGCCGCCCGUUACGCCCUGAUCAAACUGGAGGAGGCCCCACCCCACACUAAGAACUGGAGGCCACAGCUGCUGGUGCUGCUGAACCUGGACACCGAUCUUGGGGUGAAGCAUCCUCGGCUGCUCUCCUUCACCACACAGCUGAAGGCUGGUAAAGGCCUGACUAUUGUGGGCUCUGUGCUGGAGGGCACCUACAUGACCAAGGAAUCAGAGUCCAAGCAGGCAGAGCAGAAUGUCAAGUCUGCCAUGUCCGCAGAGAAGACCAAGGGUUUCUGCCACGUGGUGGUGUCCUCGAACCUGCGCGACGGCUUCUCUCACCUGAUCCAGUCCGCCGGGCUGGGGGGCAUGAAGCACAACGCCGUGCUGAUGGCCUGGCCUGGGAGCUGGAAGCAGACAGAGAGCUCCUCCUCCUGGAAGAACUUCAUAGAAACGGUGAGGGAGACCACAGCAGCCCACCAGGCCCUGCUGGUGGCCAAGAACAUCGACUCCUUCCCAGCCAAUCAGGAACGGCGGGGGGAGGGCACCAUCGACGUGUGGUGGAUCGUGCACGACGGAGGCCUGCUGAUGCUGCUUCCCUUCCUGCUGCGACAGCACAAGGUAUGGAGGAAGUGUAAGAUGCGCAUCUUCACUGUGGCCCAGUUGGACGACAACAGCAUCCAGAUGAAGAAGGACCUGCAGAUGUUCCUGUACCACCUGCGUCUGGACGCUGAGGUCGAGGUGGUGGAAAUGCAUGAAAGCGACAUCUCAGCCUUCACCUAUGAGAAGACCCUGGUGAUGGAGCAGCGCUCUCAGAUGCUGAAGCAGAUGCAGCUGUCUAGGACAGAGCGGGAGAGAGAGAUUCAGAGCAUCACAGACGAGUCCCGUAGCUCCAUCAAGAGGAAGAACCAGGCAGGAAGAAGCACUUCCAGUAACCACCUGCAGGUCCCGCAGCCAGAGCACUGCCCCCAAAAGAAUGAGGCCCAGCUGAUCCAUGACAGGAACACGGCGUCCCAUGCCACCCUCAACGACAAGGCCAACUCCGCCCCCAGUCGCGUCCACAUGACCUGGACCAAAGAGAAGUUCAUCACUGAGAGGAACCGCAACCGCGAGGCCAACAUAGGCGUGCGGGACCUCUUCAACAUGAAACCAGAGUGGGAGAGUCUGAACCAGUCCAACGUGCGAAGGAUGCACACCGCAGUAAAGCUGAACCAGGCCGUGGUGAGCAAGUCGCAGGGAGCUCAGCUGGUGCUGCUCAACAUGCCUGGACCUCCUAAAAACAGGGAGGGCGACGAGAACUACAUGGAGUUCCUGGAGGUUCUGAUGGAGGGGCUGGAGCGCGUGCUGUUAGUGCGAGGGGGAGGCCGGGAGGUCAUCACCAUCUACUCGUAACGGCGCGAGGGGGUCGAGACCAUGGAGCGGCACCACAGGACCAGUCCCUGCAGGGCGGGGAUGAGAGAGCUGUCACCUUUACCGCAGGGCGUGGCACACCCACAUUUCAUCUCAGCGUCUCUAACAUUUUACUGCUCUUCUGUUUUUAAACACACAUUUAAAAAUGCCUGGCAUUGCUAUGUAAACAAGUAGAGCAAAGGACAGCGCAAGUACUAAAGUGUUCUCUGUUGUUCCUGUAGUUUUCUUUGUUCAAUUUUAGUUUCUUUUUAAGUGACAAAAAACUGGAUAUGAAACAGAUAUGUUUGGCUAUCUUUUUCAGUGAGCCUGUGGUCUGUUUUAGCUGGAUUCUCACCAAAUAGCACCUUUGAGUGCGUUGCUCCUGUUAGACUGUGGAAUACUGUAUGGGGGGUG